AUGCCGUCGCUUACGCCUGAUGCAGUCGUUGCCACCGCAGCAUCUCUCAGCCCCCCUCCGACAGAGGCUGCGCCCGAGAGCAAACCGAAGCUUCUUCACAGCCUAGAGCACGGCAGCGCCAUCCUCGCUCUCGCCGCGAGCCCCGAGCACGAUGCCAUUUACGCCGGCACGCAAGACGGCGAGAUUAUAACAUGGUCGCUCUCGACCUUUCACCAACUUCGACACGUCCAGGCGCACAAGCGCAGCAUCCUCUCGUUGUUCCUCUCCCCCGACGGCAAGCUGCUCUUCUCCAGCGCAGGCGAUCCCAUCAUCAACGUGUGGUGCCCCAAGACCCUGCGCCACCUAUACGAGAUUUACGGCACCUACGACGUCGGUGACAUAUUCAGCACCGCCUAUAGCACCCAGCACGACACGCUGUACGUCGGCGCGCAAAACACGUCGAUCCAGUGGGUGCGGCUUAGCGACCCGGCUGCCGUCGUGGCUGCGGGCUCGCAGAAGCACCCCGACCGCCGAAACCACAGAUUCUUCGACUCCAAGGCCGUUGGUGGGACGUGCACGCCGAGGCGAAACGAGGACCGGUGGGCGCUGAUUCCCCGCGCCAACACGGUGCUGGAGAUUGACGGCGGCUCCAUUCGCAACUUUGCGCAUUAUGGCUAUGUCUACUGUAUGCUCAUGGCCAAGGGCCCUACUGUGCUUGUGGAUGAAGAAGACGAUGUUUUGAUUUCUGGUGCAGGCGAUGGCACCAUCAAACUCUGGGCGCUCGGUCGCGGCACACGAGAAGGUCUGGACGAAGACGAGCCUGAUCGCGGCACGCUUGAAGAAAUCAUGACCUUGGGGACGGAUGACGCAGAAUCUGUACUCUCGCUGGCUAUUGAUGGGUCAUUCUUGUAUUCUGGAAAGCUGGAUGGUGUUGUUGAGCUGUGGGAUCUCGACACUGCGCAAAAGUUGAGAGUCAUCAAGACGGGCGAGUCCAACAUUAUGGCUCUGCAAAUGGCCUGCGGCUUCCUGUGGACUGGGUCUACAGAUGGUCAUGCAAGCAAAUUCAGCACCGUGCACUACGGCAAAUAUCAGCAUCCUACGGACAAAAUCACACAAAAAUACCAAUGCCUCGGCCGCUGGAAAGCUCACCAAGGCAAGAUUCUGGCUUCUGCAGUGGUAAAUUACCGUAACGAGCAGUUUUAUAUAACUGGGGCCAACGAUGACAACAUUCGCAUCUGGGAGGUUACAGGUUCAGAUACCACGGUCGCGGAAACUGCAGAGGGCGGCGAUGACCCUUUGCUUUCCACUUUGGUAGACUUUGUCUCCUACAAGACAGUUUCGUCCAAGCCAGAAUUCGCAGAAGACUGCCGUAGAGGCGCGACGUUUCUCGGUGCUCUGUUUAAGCGCCUGGGCGGUGAUGUCGAGAUGCUCAGCACAGAACGCGGACACAACCCCGUCGUCUACGCCAAGUUCUCGGCCAAGCAGGAGUCGGCCAAGACGCGGAAACGGAUCCUGUUUUACGGUCAUUACGACGUUGUCGCUGCCGACAAUGAGACGGGCAAAUGGGCAACGGAUCCAUUCACCGUGACGGGCAUCAAUGGGUACAUUUACGGACGCGGUGUUAGCGACAACAAAGGUCCCGUCGUAGCGGCGCUAUAUGCCGUGACUGACUUGAUGCAAGCCAAGCAGUUGGAGAAUGACAUCAUCUUCCUAAUCGAAGGCGAAGAAGAGUAUGGGUCGCGAGGUUUCAAGGAAGCCGUCCGACAAAACAAGGAUCGCAUCGGCCACAUUGACUAUGUUCUUCUGGCCAAUAGUUACUGGCUGGAUGAUGAGGUGCCCUGCCUCACCUACGGUCUCCGUGGCGUUCUUCAUGCCACUGUCUGUGUCGAUUCGCCGCGACCUGACACGCAUUCUGGAGUCGAUGGAUCAUUCAUGAUGAAUGAACCGCUCUCGGACUUGACUGGCAUCAUUUCCAAGCUCAAGGGCGCUGGCAACAGGGUGCAAAUGCGGGGUUUCUACAGCGGAAUUCCAGCUCUGACCCCGGCAGAGGAAGCGCGCUACGACGAUAUCGUGUCCAUUUUGAAGCGUGGCCGCUCGGACAACAUCUCGGAAGAAACACUCAAGCGGUCGUUGAUGGCGCGAUGGCGCGAGCCCAACCUGACUGUUCACAGCUACAAGGUGUCUGGUCCCGACGGCAGCCUCGUCAGCAGCCACGCCAACUCGCACAUUAGUCUGCGUCUCGUGCCCGGUCAAGAGGUCAACGACGUGGCCGAGGAGCUGACGCAGUUUUUGCAGCAGCAGUUUGCCACGCUCGAGUCGCAGAACCAGCUGAGCAUCAGCAUUGACAACAAGGCCGAGCCGUGGCUCGGCGACACCACCAACAACAUCUUUCGCAUCCUCGAGCAGGCCAUCAUCGAGGCGUGGCCCGACUCUUUUGACACGGAUGACACGGACAGUAACCUGGGAAAGAGUCAGCCUGGUCCCAAAAACAAGGCAUCCAAACCGCGCGGGCCCCUCUAUAUCAGAGAAGGGGGUUCUAUUCCCGCUAUUCGGUUCUUGGAAAAGGAGUUCAAGGCGCCGGCCGCGCACCUUCCCUGCGGCCGGGCGAGCGACUCGGCGCACUUGAGCAAUGAGCGCAUGAGCGUGGUCAAUUUGUUAAAGGCGCGGGAGAUUAUGGGCAAGGUCUUUCGCCGUCUGUAA